CACAGACGCGUGCCGAGCGGGGAAACCAAGUCGUUGGAUCGCUUUGCGCAAAAUCCACUUCUCUCUCCUCCCUCCGCUCCAGCCUCUAGAUCCCGCACAGCCCUCCUUCCCUCCCCUCAGCGGUGUGGGGUUGACGAUGCGUCUAAAUAGCCGGAGCUGUGGCAGCGGCGAGAGGAGGCAGCGGAGGCGCGUGGACCCUGAAAGUCCGGGUGCUCGUGGUUACUCGCAACGUGGUCCCAGCCGGCCGGUCGUCAGCACCAUGGACAGCAGCACCGUUCCCAAGAACGCCAGCAAUUGCACUGAUCCCUUCACGCACUCUUCAAGCUGCUCCCCGGGACCUAGCCCUAGUUCCUGGGUCAACUUCUCCCACUUAGAAGGCAACCUGUCCGACCCAUGCGGUCCGAACCGCACCGAGCUGGGCGGGAGCGACAGCCUGUGCCCUUCGACCGGCAGUCCUUCCAUAAUCACGGCCAUCACCAUCAUGGCCCUCUACUCCAUUGUGUGCGUGGUGGGUCUCUUCGGAAACUUCCUGGUCAUGUAUGUGAUUGUCAGAUACACCAAAAUGAAGACUGCCACCAACAUCUAUAUUUUCAACCUUGCUCUGGCAGAUGCCCUAGCAACCAGUACCCUGCCCUUCCAGAGUGUCAAUUACCUAAUGGGAACAUGGCCAUUUGGAACCAUCCUCUGCAAGAUUGUGAUCUCCAUAGAUUACUAUAAUAUGUUCACCAGCAUAUUCACCCUCUGCACCAUGAGCAUUGAUCGCUACAUCGCAGUCUGCCAUCCCGUCAAGGCCCUGGAUUUCCGCACUCCUCGCAAUGCCAAGAUCGUCAACAUCUGCAACUGGAUCCUCUCUUCAGCCAUUGGUCUGCCUGUGAUGUUCAUGGCGACAACAAAGUACCGGCAAGGUUCCAUAGAUUGUACACUAACAUUUUCUCACCCAACCUGGUACUGGGAAAACCUGCUGAAAAUCUGUGUUUUCAUCUUUGCCUUCAUCAUGCCUGUCCUCAUCAUUACGGUGUGUUAUGGACUGAUGAUCUUACGCCUCAAGAGUGUCCGCAUGCUCUCUGGCUCCAAAGAAAAGGAUCGGAACCUGCGAAGAAUCACCAGGAUGGUGCUGGUGGUUGUGGCCGUGUUCAUUGUCUGCUGGACCCCCAUUCACAUUUACGUCAUCAUCAAAGCCUUGAUCACAAUCCCAGAAACUACUUUCCAGACUGUUUCCUGGCACUUCUGCAUUGCUCUAGGUUACACAAACAGCUGCCUGAACCCAGUCCUUUACGCAUUUCUGGAUGAAAACUUCAAACGAUGCUUCAGAGAGUUCUGUAUCCCAACUUCCUCCACCAUUGAGCAGCAAAACUCCACUAGAAUGCGUCAGAACACCAGAGACCUCCCCUCCACGGCCAAUACAGUGGAUAGGACUAACCAUCAGAUCACAGAUCCAAUAUCAAACCUUCCCAGGGUGUCUGUAUUCUGA